GUAGUAACCACGUAUUUUGGUCCUUUUUGAAGUGUUGGUGAGUGUUGUGGCUGAGCCGGGAAGAUGGGGAGCGAGGGACCGUCCACCACCUUCAACAAGUUCAUGAACGCCGUCAAUGAUGCCAUAGACACACCCGUGACGUGGUUCAGAGAUUCAAUAGUGGUGAAAAAUCGCCCCGAGUACCACUGGUACCACCGUCAGUUUCGUCGUGUCCCUACCAUAGAUGAAUGCUACACUGAUGACAUUGUUUGCUUUAUUGAGGCAAAUGAGCAGUUCAAGCGUGACAGAAUGGUAGACAAUGAAGUGUUAAAUAUCUUGCGUAUGCGCGCAGAGGACUGCGUAACAUAUGAAGGGGCAGACCAUAGACGCAAGUGUGCAGGUAUCAUGGAAGAAUACAACAAAGCUGCCGAGAACUGGUUCAUCAAAUAUGGCGACUUGGGUGUAUAUGGCACUGUGGUAGAUGCCUACAUGAAGCAAAAGCACCGCAUGAUAUGGGAGCGCCGCCAUGGACCAGUUGGUUCAGGCAUGAAGAAGGAACUGGAUUAAAAAUGUCCUUGUGUAUGUUCAAACUCUGAUAAUAACGAGGAUUCCUUUUUUUUCUUUGUUCAGCAUAAAAAUGUUGAAUAUUAAUUGUAGCUAUUUGAAGUUGUUAAUACUGAAUAUAAUAACUACAAUGGUAGUUUGGAUCUUGGUUUAGACAAUGUUAUAACAAAUUUGUGUAUUGCUGAACUUUAUAAUUUGUGAAGCUGUCUUAAAUUGUAAAUAAUAUAUAAUUUAUCUAGAA